CAAUUGCGAACUUGUGCCUUCCUCCGCUCACUGCUCAAUAUUCGUGACCAUUUUUUUUUCUUCCCUUUUUGGGGAAACCAGAGGCAGAGCAGUGGAAGGCAAAGCAUAGUUGACGACGAAUUGCGUUCAACAGCAUUAGAUCUGCUUGUAAGACUCUUUAUACUGUCAAUGUAUUUGCGUCGAACGACGGAGGCGACCGUUGCUGAGAUUUGAAGCGGAAUACAUCAAGAUUCUCGACUUUAAAUCCUGACUGCUGGAGAGGGAAAGGAGCUCUUGCUUGUAACUAAAGACUACCUGGACUGUCAACAAACGAUGUUUUCUGCUUGUAAGCCAGCAGUAAAACCUGAAGACCAUAUUAGUUGUUAAAAUCCUUCAAAAUUCAGCGACCAGGUUCGGGGGGCGACUUGCCCCAAGGUGGUGAGUACAACCCUUAUCCUGUAGCCCGGAGGGUGAAUUCAUCCCAUACUGUAACAAUGGAUGAUGAUAUGGAGAGCGGUAGUUUAGGGCCUUACCAGGACAAACCAAGAACAUUUCCCAACAUGCGUAGUAAAGCCUACACCCCACUGAUAUUUCGUAUUCUUCUUGGUAUAAAUACUCGUGUCCUGUUCAUGCUUUUGCUUCUGGGUCUUGGAGCUGUCUUCUACGUUGGAGCAAGCACAUCUCCAAUCCUUGUGUUUGUCUUCUCUGUUUGUAUUCUCAGCUUCCUUGUGUCAAUAUAUCUUACAAAGUGGGUGCUUGCAAAGGAUGAGGGCCCUCCUGAAAUGGUUCAGAUAUCAGACGCAAUACGAGAUGGAGCUGAAGGAUUUUUCAGGACCCAAUAUAGUAGUAUAUCCAAGAUGGCAAUGUUGCUUGCUCUAGUGAUCCUUUGCAUAUAUUUGUUCCGUAGUACCACUCCUCAACAGGAAUCUUCUGGCCUGGGAAGGUCAUCUUCUGCGUACAUCACAGUAGCCGCAUUCCUUUUAGGUGCUCUUUGUUCUGGUAUUGCGGGAUAUGUAGGAAUGUGGGUGUCAGUCCGUGCCAAUGUCAGAGUUUCUAGUGCUGCAAGACGGUCUGCAAGAGAGGCAUUGCAGGUAGCUACUCGUGCUGGUGGUUUAUCAGCUCUUGUUGUUGUUGGUAUGGCUGUACUUGGUAUAGCAAUCCUUUAUGCCACAUUUUAUGUUUGGUUGGGAGUGGACACACCGGGUGCAAUGAAGGUUACUGAUUUGCCUCUUCUUCUUGUUGGAUAUGGUUUUGGUGCCUCCUUUGUUGCACUGUUCGCACAGCUGGGUGGUGGAAUAUACACGAAGGCAGCUGAUGUUGGAGCAGACCUUGUUGGAAAAGUGGAGCAGGGGAUUCCUGAAGAUGACCCUCGGAAUCCUGCUGUAAUUGCUGACCUGGUUGGAGACAAUGUGGGAGAUUGUGCUGCUAGAGGUGCUGAUCUUUUUGAAAGUAUUGCAGCGGAAAUAAUCAGUGCCAUGAUACUUGGGGGAACAAUGGCACAGCGGUGUAAAAUAGAUCCGUCUGGCUUCAUCUUGUUUCCUCUUGUUGUUCACUCAUUUGAUCUGGUGGUUUCAUCAGUUGGAAUAUUUUCAAUUAGGGGCACACGUGAGAGUGGUGUUAAGGCUCCCAUUGAGGAUCCAAUGACAAUUCUUCAGAAAGGAUACUCUAUUACGAUAGUUUUAGCUGUUCUGACUUUCGGUCUGUCUACUCGGUGGUUACUGUACACAGAACAAGCUCCAUCAGCGUGGUUCAAUUUUGCCUUGUGUGGGUUGAUUGGUAUAAUCACUGCUUACAUUUUUGUCUGGAUAACCAAGUAUUACACUGACUACAAGCAUGAGCCUGUGCGUGCAAUAGCCCUUUCUAGCUCCACGGGUCAUGGGACAAAUAUAAUUGCUGGGGUCAGCUUGGGCCUGGAAUCAACUGCUCUUCCUGUCCUUGUCAUUAGUGUGUCAAUUGUCUCUGCAUUCUGGCUGGGUCACAGCUCUGGGCUGGUUGAUGAAGCAGGAAACCCAACUGGUGGGCUUUUUGGCACAGCUGUAGCAACUAUGGGAAUGCUGAGCACCGCUGCUUAUGUUCUUACCAUGGAUAUGUUUGGUCCGAUUGCUGAUAAUGCUGGAGGUAUUGUAGAGAUGAGUCAGCAGCCUGAAAGUGUCCGAGAGAUCACUGAUGUUCUUGACGCCGUUGGUAACACAACCAAAGCUACUACUAAAGGAUUUGCUAUUGGUUCUGCUGCUCUUGCUUCUUUCCUUUUGUUUAGUGCUUAUAUGGAUGAGGUUUCUGCAUUUGCACAUGAACCUUUGAAACAGGUUGAUAUUGCAAUUCCAGAAGUUUUUGUUGGUGGGCUGUUGGGUUCGAUGCUUAUUUUUCUGUUCAGCGCUUGGGCUUGUUCUGCUGUUGGCCGAACUGCUCAAGAAGUUGUUAAUGAAGUAAGAAGGCAGUUCAUUGAGAGGCCUGGCAUUAUGGAGUAUAAGGAGAAACCAGAUUAUGGUCGAUGUGUUGCUAUCGUAGCAUCUGCUUCACUGAGGGAGAUGAUAAAACCUGGUGCUCUUGCCAUCAUUUCGCCUAUUGUUGUUGGAUUUCUGUUCCGAAUUUUGGGUUACUAUACAGGGCACCCACUACUUGGGGCUAAAGUUGUGGCUGCCUUCCUGAUGUUUGCAACAGUUUCUGGUAUUCUGAUGGCACUUUUCCUGAACACUGCCGGUGGUGCCUGGGAUAAUGCAAAGAAGUACAUUGAGACUGGAGCACUUGGAGGCAAGGGUAGCGAUGCUCACAAAGCUGCAGUAACUGGAGACACGGUGGGAGACCCUUUCAAAGACACAGCUGGGCCUUCACUUCAUGUUGUUAUUAAGAUGCUUGCAACAAUUACACUAGUUAUGGCUCCAGUCUUCCUGUGAGAGUGAGUUUGUUUGACAAUGAUAUCUAUUGCGGCUUAAAAAAAUGCAUCUAUAUGCCAUCUUGAUUUUGAUGAUUUUGGAAGAAGAGAUAGAUAUAGUAUAAAUCUAUUAUGUACAUUGAAGGUCCUGUUAUAUAUAUAGUCCAUUAAUACUAAACUUUUUAAUGUCCUCCUAUCAGAAUAAGAAUUGUUGUAUUGAUUGCUUAUGCUGUGUAAUAGUAGUUGUUAGCUUUUAUAA